UCCAAAUCAGUCUAUGACCCAAAAUCAAAAUGAUCAUGGUAUUGUUCUCUGUGCUGCCAUCGCUACCUUUGAUGGACCGGUGUUGCAUUCAAAGAAGCGAAAUCGCAUAAAGCAACAAAAAUUGAAUGAUAGCGUCUUUAUUCAAUACAACAAGAAAUUGGAACGUCGAUACAAAGAAAUCAGUCAAUAUAAUGAUGAUCCGAAAGCUGAUGAUCCCAUUUUUCUGGAUGAGCGUGAUGACAAUGAUGAAUGGUUGGCUUUAGAGAAUUUGGAUGACUUGGUUGUACAAGGAGAUAAUGUUAUUUUGGAUGAUUUGCAAGAUAUUGUUGGUGAAAAAGGUAUGCCAGUUGUUGGUAAAAGUGCUUGUAUCUCCCGACGCAAAUCUACUUAUCCAACUGACUCUGAAUAUAGUGGAUAUGAUACUGAUGACUUGAUGUUGGACUCUAAUUAUGGACUACUUGGUGGAGAUGAUGGAGCUACGGAAGAUUAUGAUAUCUAUGAUGAAUCGAAUGAUUUUGAUUAAAAUUGUAAUGUCCAUGUUUAAUUAUGUUUCCAGAUUGUGAACUUUAAAGUUGUGAAUUCUCCCAUUUUUCCAAUUUGAACUUCAUACGACGACUCUUAUGUUUUGAAUGAACUUGUUUGUUUUUCUAAAA